AUGAAAGAUCUCCAAGUUUAUUUGAAACCAUCAUUAUCUAACUAUCCUACUCACAUAAAAGGUCUUUUUUGUUCAAUUGUUGACCGUAACGAACUGAUAAUUGGAUAUGAUACUGCAGUUAACUGCGGAUGGGCAUUACGUGAAAAAGAAUUCUAUGUAUGGAAGGACAAUCUCACAGCUAUUGGUCAAAAUUCUGGUGACAAAGGUACUACAGAAUCAAGUCAAGCAUAUAAACUUAAUGCACCAACAACAGGAUUAGUUUUUACUGAUAAACAUGUUGCUUUUUGUAAGAAUGAUGCCUAUGCAACACCAUCUGUCGUCGUUGUUGCACCUGAAGGAAAUGUAAGAUUUUGGCCAUCAUUAGAAGAAAAAGGCGUUAAUUUAUCAAUGCCCUUGGAUGGUGACGUUGCUGUUGAAGUUUUUUAUAAAAUUGUUGACGAUUGUCCAUCAUUUGUAAUUACUACAUCAUCAGGAGAUGUUUAUCAAGUCCCACUUAUAUCAGCUAAUGGAUCAAAAAUUGCGACGGGAAAACUUAGUAUUGUUAAAAUUAAUUCUAAUGGAAGAACCCGUCUCACAGGUAGGUUUUCUAGAAGAUUUUUCAAGUACGAUGCGGAUAAAAAUAACUAUUUGAGAAGUUCUUUUUUUGUUGAUGACAAUGAAGAUAUUUCAUCAGAGGAUUUUUCAAUGAUUCAAAUCUUAUCAUCAACAAUACGUGGAUAUAAUGUAGGAAAAUUUAAUGUUUUAUGGGAAUUUGAUGCUGGAUCCAUAGUUGCAAAAGAAUUUCUUAAACAUUAUGAAGGAGUUUUAAACAUUGAUGAACCAGAUAAUCUUCAUACAAGAACACAGAUUAUUUGUACUUUCAUAGAUUCUUCUUCUGUCUACCUUUUAUUUACAAUACGUCCCAAGACAUCUUUUAACAGUUCUGUUGCUCUUUAUCUUGGAAAGGUUGGACGUCCACAUGAUUUACAAAAUGGCAUUUCUGAUUUUGACUGGUUGUCUGCAGUUAAUUUACCAUCUUCUAUUGUUCAAACAAUUUCAAAUAAUAAUAGUUGGGAUAAAAUUAAAGUUGCUUAUCUUCCUCAAACAGGAUUAUUUAUCUACAGUAGGGAUGUUGUUACAAAUUUUAAGAUAGAAACAAAGACAUUUAAAACAGUUUCUAUUGUUUACAAUUGUCAUUUGGAUGUAAAAGAAAAAUGUUUUGGAUACAAAGUUGUUGGCGACUCACUUGUAUGUUUUGCUGAACUUGAAGGACCUGCCUUUAUACGUUUACUUCCUAUUGGAUUUGAAGCAUCAUUUGUAGAAACAAAAAAAAUGGAUGAAUAUUUGGCUGAUCUUUUAAAACCAUCUCGAGCAAAGAAUUCUUUAUAUAAAUUGUUGUAUGAUGGUUUUCUUAAUUUUUGUCAGUUUUAUCAGGAUGAUCCUAAAGUUGAUUUGUUAGAGGAAUUUAAAAAAACUGGAAAUCAAGAAGAUCGUGGAUCCGCUGUUGCCAGAAUGAUGAAAUAUAUAGUAAACUCAUCACCAACAACCGAUAAUUCAUCCGAAAAAGUUCCUGUUUUGGCAAAAUCAAAAAAUAAUAAAUUAAAUAGAUCAAAAGAUAUGCUUCAAAUUCAAUCACAAUUGGAGGACAAACUUGCUUUAUGUAAGAUUUUCAUUGCUUUUAUUAAGAAUCAAGGAUUAGAAUCAGAUGUCUGUUUAGGAAAGACACAAUUUCUUGCUGAUGUUGUUGAGAUGAUGGAACUUCUUCAGUGUGCAUAUGCUUUAUUUGAAUGCACUUCUCUUGAAAAAACUCCUUAUAUUUAUGAAGUUAUACAUAAUGCCGUUAAUAAGAGAAAUGAAAGAGAUCAAUCUUUAUCUGUUAUUCAAACUUUUUACAAGUUUGUUACAGAAGUUGAUGAGAUAUUUGAUUAUUCUUCUAUUUUCAUUAGUACACUUUUAAAAGACAAUAACAGAAGUUCUGAAGUUAUUGAUAAAAUUCUAGAAGUUGUUGGAAUCAUCUCUUGCAUCUUGGACCAGAUAAAAUCUUAUCGUUCUGAAGAAUGGGCAAUUGUUGUAAGAACUUCUAAAGUUCGUGCUUGGACAUCACGUCAUGGUUUUCUUGGAAAUUUAUUAAAUAUCCAAAAAAUGAUGUCUGGAAUAAUUGAAGAUGUAGCAACUAGGCGUAAUGUUUUAAAAUCAUUUAAAUCCUACUACAUUACAAUUAUUGAAUUUAUCUUAGAGGAGCAAGCUGGAGUUAAAGACACAGUUAAUUCUUUCCUUAUUAGAAAUUUAAUUGAAACUGGUUUUAUUGAUGCUGGUAUAACUAAUGCUGAGAAAUAUUUUGAUUUCCAAACUCUCAUAGCUUAUGCAAUGGGUUUGGAUGAGUCUGAUAAAGUUGCUACAUUAGAAAAAUACAAGAAAAAAUUUGCUUCUAAAAACUUUGAAACAGCAUUGUAUGAUUAUUAUCGUGAGAAUCAAAUGUUUAAUGAAUUAUUAAAUGAAAAAAGUCCUAAUGUUGAUGAUUAUUUAAAAUCUUAUGAUGCUAUUAGUUGGAUGCGUCAUGCAGACAAUAAAGAAUAUGGAAAAGCUGCACAGUGUCUUUACAAUACAGCUGUAGGACGUCAUAAUGACUCAAAAAAAGAAAUGCUCCUUCUUCUUGGAAAAUUAAGUAGUUAUUGUGAAGAUGAAGAAAAUGUUAAUCUUAUCCGUGAAUUUGAUGUUCAACUUUAUGGUGAACAUGAUUGA